GUAACCCGGAAGUGGGAAAGGGAAACACAUAGCGGGUAGACCACGUGGAAUCCGCGCCUACAAUCUCAAGCGAUGAGCGCCGGAGAAGCGGAGGGAAUGGCAGCAGCAGCAGCAAUGGCGGGGGGCGACUCGGAGGAUGAGCCUUGUUCGUGGGACAGCGGCAGCGAGGAGGCCUGGGCGGAAGAAGGCGAGGAGGCGAGGGGCUCUGCGCCCAGGACCCCGUGCCUUUUCUGUGACAGGUUUUUCAGUUCAGCAGAAGAUGUUUUUGGCCACUGUACAUUAGACCAUGGAUUCAAUGUUGGAAUGUUGGCUCAUAAACACAGACUUGACUGCUACAAUUACAUCAAGCUAAUAAACUUCAUUAGAGUGGAAAAACCAACUGCAGAGUACUUUAGUUCUGUGAGUUCCCCACUUCCAUGGGAAGAGGAGAAAUAUUUGAAGCCUGUGUUGGAAGAUGACCUUUUACUUCAGUUCGAUAUAGAUGAUCUUCUUGAUUGUACUAAUAUGCCUUGUCCUAAUGGUCUACCUGAGGCUUCAUCGCUCCUUGAGCGUUUGAAAUGGGCAGAGCAUAGAGCAGAACGGGCAGAAGCUGCAUUGGCCAGAGCCCAAGAGGAUCUUCAAAAAAUGAGACAAUUUGCCCAGGAUUUUGUGAUGAACACAGAAGUCAGAAGUGGCUCAUCAGUCAGCAGCAUUGCGGACCUUCAGGAAGGCGAGGAGGAUGUUUACUUCAGCUCCUAUGGGCACUAUGGCAUUCACGAAGAGAUGAUAAAGGAUAAAGUGCGCACCGAAAGCUAUCGUGAUUUCAUAUAUCAAAAUCCCCACAUCUUUAGAGAUAAGGUUGUCCUGGAUGUUGGUUGUGGGACUGGAAUCCUCUCCAUGUUUGCUGCCAAAGCAGGUGCAAAAAGGGUGAUUGGAGUGGACCAAUCUGAAAUUAUCUACCAGGCCAUGGAUAUCAUUAGGCUGAAUGGACUUGAAGGUUCCAUUUCUUUGAUCAGAGGAAGAAUCGAAGAAGUUGAUUUGCCUGUUGAAAAAGUAGACGUGAUCAUAUCUGAGUGGAUGGGCUACUUCCUUCUCUUUGAGUCAAUGCUGGAUUCAGUCAUUUAUGCAAGGGACAAGUACCUGGCAAAAGGCGGCUCAGUGUAUCCUGAUGUCUGCACCAUUAGUCUGGUGGCCGUAGGAGAUCUGAAUAAACAUGCAGACAGGUUAGCUUUCUGGGAUAACGUAUAUGGCUUCAGCAUGUCCUGCAUGAAGACGGCUGUAAUUCCUGAAGCUGUUGUAGAAGACUUAGACUCAAGCACACUGAUAUCUGAAGCUUCUGUCAUCAAGCGGAUAGACUGCCAUGUUGUAUCAGUUUCAGAACUGGGCUUUUCAUCAGACUUCACCCUGAGAUUCACAAAGACUUCUAUGUGCACGGCAAUUGGUGGAUAUUUUGAUAUAUGUUUUGAGAAGAAUUGCAACAAACAAAUACGGUUUUCAACUAGUCCUUGUUGUGCCAAAACACACUGGAAACAAACAAUAUUUUUUCUGGAGAACCCAAUUUCUGUAGAAGAAGGUGAAGAAUUGAAAGGAAGGAUAACGCUCCACAAAAACAGGAAAGAUCCACGCUCACUCAUUGUUACACUUUCCAUUAAAAAUGUGAAGCAGACAUACAGCAUUCAGUGAAACUGUUCCAUGAUCAGCUUUAAGAUGUAUUAUUGUAAAAAUGUAAUAUACUUAUUUGCAGGAUGCUGCCCGUGAAUAAAAAUCAUGGUUAUUUGCUUCAAUUUUCUGGAAAUGAUACUAUUCAAAAGUCUCUAAUAUAGGUUUAUUCCGCUUUAUUACACAACUAUUUCCUAUGACCUGAAAAGCAUUUCUAGUAAGCAAAUGAAGUUCCAUCGAACAAGUGUCUGAUCAAACCUGCAGAGCAUUAUACUGGAUGCAUAAGUUUCUGCAAGUCAUGGUAGUCCAACUUUUAAAAAUAUAUAUUAAUGAAUUCUGAAACUCCGAAUACCUAUGUAUUUAGGAAGAGCAGGUUGGAUGCAUAGUUUGGUUCUGGUGAUGGUAGCAUUCUGUGACUGAAUGAAACUCUGGUUUUUACUUGGAACAAAGUGAAGCUCAGAAGAUUCUAAUUAAUUUCUCCUUUUGCUACUUCAAAGAUUUAUGGAGAGCAUCAAAAUCUCUCCUGUCCUAGACACUAGUGGAGCUACUCCAGUGGAUUAAAAAUGUUCUCUUGGUGAAGGGAAUCCUAUCCAUUUAUAGAAGGCAAAGCCUAGAUUUAGCCCACUGGUAGUCAUUUUGAGAGAAAAAAAAUUAUACCAAUUUGUUUAACCUUUGAAAGCUGAUUGGGUUGAUUUUUUCAUGGGUGAAAUGCUAUUGUUUUCCCUCAUAUUUCCACAAGGUUGUUCAGACAUAUUGAGAAUUAACAAUUAAAAAGAAUUAAUACCAUAUUUCUUUUCAGUUGCCAUGUAUGAUUUUAUAUUCCACCAAGAGUGCUCAAACAAGUACACUUUUGCGUGCCUUGAGGUUGCUCUGUUGGGACAAAAGAGGCUUACACAUUUCUAGCUAACAGCUGCUAAAUGUUUCAUUUGCGGAGCUUGCUUUCCAACAGUUAUCUUUGCCAACUAUUUUCCAUGAAGAUUCUUAAUAAACUGUUGCCAGAGAUGCUAAAACUUAAGCUUACAAAUUUUAAAAUUAAUCACAUCACUAAAUAGUUUAUUAAUGGUGCAAAGCCACAUGGACUAUUAAAGCUAAGAGGUUUGUCAUUAGCUGAUGUAACUACAGUUUGUGUGAAACGUUUUCAUACUUAAUGGGGUUUUUUUACUUUUAAAAAAGCACAAUUUUGAAUUAGAGAUGAACUUUAAAAUACCAUUCAUUUGUUAAUGAGUUUAUAGCUGUUGAUACAUUUACAUUAUAUAUUGGGAUGCUGGUGUGUUUCCAGAUAGAGGAUUUGAGUGGUAAAAAUUCCAGAACAUUGUGCAUCUCUGCAAUCCUACCUUCCCUACCUUAACAGAUGUUAUUUUCUGUGGAAACCUGCAAAGGCUACAAAUAAAGAGACUGAUGAGAACUUGGAAA